AUGACGGAUUUCAAUAGCACUAACUUCCAGCCCGCAACGUUCCAGCUGGCUGGGUUCCCGGGCCUGGAAGCUGCUAAUCACUGGGUCUCGAUCCCUUUCUGCGUGUUUUAUAUCACUGCCAUUGUAGGGAAUUGCACUGUUCUCUGCAUUAUCUGGGCAGACCGGCAUCUCCACCAGCCCAUGUAUUUGUUCCUUUGCAUGUUGUCCAUCAAUGACCUGGGUGUCAUGCUGUCAACCCUGCCCACGGUGCUCAGCAUCUUCUGCUUCCAUGUCACAGACGUCGCAUUCGAUGCCUGCCUGACCCAGAUGUUUUUCAUUCACUUCUUUUCCAACAUGGGGUCGGGGAUUUUACUGGCCAUGUCGUUCGAUCGCUUUAUCGCCAUCUGCAACCCGCUGCGCUAUGCAGCCAUCUUGACCAACCCCAGGAUUGUGAGAAUCGGGCUGGCCAUUGUGAUUAGAAGCUUCAGUGUGAUUUUACCAUUACCCAUUCUUAUUAAAUGCUUGCCUUUCUGCCGCACUGAAGCCCUGUCACACGCCUACUGUCUGCACCCUGACGUGAUGAGGCUGGCGUGUGCGGACAUCACAGUCAAUAACAUCUACGGCUUAUGUGCUGUUCUCUUUGUCUUCGGAAUAGACUUGCUGAUUAUUGUCAUCUCCUACAUUCUGAUUAUGACAACCAUCUUCAGUAUCGCCUCUGGUGGGCAGCGUCUCAAGGCCCUGAACACCUGCGUCUCCCAUGUCUGCGCUGUCUUAAUAUUCUACAUUCCAAUUAUCACAGUCUCUGUCAUACACAGGUAUGGCGAGAACGUCCCACCACUGGUCCACAUUCUGAUGUCCAGUGCUUACCUCUUUGUGCCCCCUGUAAUAAACCCCAUCGUUUACUGUAUAAAAACCAAGGCGAUUCGAAAGAGCAUCCUCAAAAUGUUCUCUAGGUAA